AUGGAUAAAGACGGAACCUCUAAUCCCAGUUGUCGCUCGUGCAAUCGGCCUGACACUGCAGAUGCAAUGGUCGCUUGUGAUGUCUGUAGAUACUGGCACCACUUUGGGUGUGUAGGAGUUGAUGCGAACGUAGAAAGUCACCAUUGGAUAUGCCGCGAAUGUGAAGUGAAAGGCAACCCAUCCGGAUCAAACGGUGCCGGUGAAAAAGGAGGUAUACAGCAAACUCAUACGAUGGAAACCCGAUCGAAAAAGGUCGCUAGCAGUAAGGCGUCGUCGCGGUACAAAAAGACCGUGGACAUAGUAGUCCGGUCGAAAGCCGGAAGUGCUACAUCCCAUCGGUCCGUAAUUGAAGAACAAUUGAAGCUACUGGAGGAGCAGGAACGUUUGAAAGAGGAAGAAUUGCAGCAAAAGGAAGAACUGGAGCGACUCGAGUUCGAAGAAAAGCAGCGGCAAAUGGAAGAACUACGUCGUCGUCAGGAAGAAGAAUCCAAGUUGCGCGAAGAGAAGUUGGCCAAACAGAAAGCUUUACAAGAAGAAAGAUUGCGAAUGAAGCAAGCGUCCCUUGAGAAGCGUCAGGAGCUGAUCAGGCAGCAUGCUCAUAUGAGUGACCGAGGAUCGUCCAUUUCAGGAUUCUCUGCUAGGACAGAAGGCAGUAAGGUAGAAAAGUGGUUAACGAAUCGCCAGGACCUUGAGAAGGAUCUCCGGAAUCAGGGGAAUAUGUUACCGGUUACGCGACAAUCCCCACUACCGCUGGCUUCACCACGAGCAUCAGUAAGCGGCGAAAACAUUCCUCGGACUUUUCAUCAACAACCUUCGGCAGACCUCCCGGAGCACGACCCAAUUGCGUCUCAGCUGCGAAAUAUGUCUUUACAUGGCCCUCCUUCUCCACAACAAGUAGCGCAGCCUUUACUACCCCAAGCGUACCUGCAGAUUGCAGCACGUCAGGUGACCGGCAAGGAUCUUCCAGUGUUCAACGGUAACCCGGAAGACUGGCCUAUGUUUAUUCGAAUGUUCGAAGAGACUACGGCAGCAUGCGGAUUUUCCAAUGUGGAAAACCAAGUCCGGCUUCAAAAGUGCUUACGGGGUAGCGCUUUAGAAACCGUGCAUAGUAGGUUGUUGAUGCCCGAAGGAGUUCCCCACGUUAUCAAAACCCUCGAAAUGCGUUUUGGACGGCCGGAGCUGAUCAUUCGGUCCAUGCUUGAUCGAAUUCAACGACUUCCAGCUCCUAAACCAGACCGACUGGAAACAGUGAUCGAUUUUGGACUAGCUGUUCAGAAUCUAGUCGUACACCUCCAAGCCGCCAAACAAGACAACCAUUUGAACAACCCAACCCUGAUUCAGGAACUAGUAGCCAAGCUACCGGCACAGCUCAAACUUGACUGGGCUAGGUAUAAAAUGCUUAAUUCGUCAUCAACCCUUGCCACUUUCGGAAACUUCAUGGAACAGUUGGUUCAAGCUGCUAGCGAAGUGUCCUUUGAAGUUCCGGUUGCUGCGAUGACGAUCAGACCAGAAAAAGUGAGGAGUAAGGAAAGAUCAGUUGUAUAUUCGUAUUCCCACGACAAUCAAAGAGCGUUUUCUUCGAGAAAUUCGGAUUUCACGAAGAAACCUAGGGUGUGUUCCAUGUGUGGCGAUCCGGGCCACCGUCUGUGGGGCUGCGAAGAUUUCAAGGAAAAGACAUUCGAGGAGCGUACUAAGUUUGUCCGGCAAAACAACCUUUGCCGAACGUGCCUGAAUUUCCACCAGAAAUGGCCCUGUAAGACGUUCCAAGGAUGCGAUUUCGAAGGAUGCGAUGGGAAACACCACUCUCUCUUACAUCCACCGAUUCCCAGUGAACCGAUACACUUUUCAACGAGUCAUUCAUCGAUGCGCAAAGGUUGCCGGCAAUUUCCCCCGUUGUUUCGCGUACUUCCGGUCACCCUCUCCAAAGAUGGCAUUCAAUUAUCAAUCUUUGCCUUCAUCGACGAAGGAUCCUCGUCUACUCUCCUCGACCGUUCGGUAGCUGAUGCUCUCGGACUCAAUGGCCCUGUGGAACCGCUUACUUUGCAGUGGACGGGAAACGUUACUCGAAAAGAAAAAAACUCGGAAUGCGUACAAGUUCAUAUCUCAGGCAGGGAAAAAUCAUCGAAAUACCAAUUGGUUGACGCCCGGACAGUUGAAAAACUUAUGCUCCCGAAACAGUCGUUGCCGUACAAGUUGUUGAGCGAAAAGUAUCCAUAUCUUCGUGGCCUACCUAUUGAAGAUUACGACCUAGUAGAACCAAAGCUUUUGAUCGGAGUGGACAAUCUCAGACUUGGGAUUCCCCUAAAAAUUCGUGAGGGUGGACACAAAGAACCCACAGCAGCAAAGUGUAGAUUGGCACUUCCAAGUCCAGACCGCGAACUGAACCAGCAGCUCAGCGAUUACUUUACGUUGGACCAAAUAGGAGCCGGUCUAACGUUCCCCAUUCUGGAAUCCGAAUCAGAUAAAAGAGCUCGCAGAUUGUUGGGAGAAACCACUCGUCGCGUUGGGGAAAGGUUCGAAACUGGCUUAUUAUGGAAAACGGACGACAUUAAGUUUCCAAAUAGUUAUCCUAUGGCCGUAAGGAGACUCGAAGCAUUGGAAAGGAAACUAAGCAAGGAAUCCGAUCUCAAGUUACGUGUACAGCAACAGUUAGACGACUACGUCGUGAAAGGUUACUGCCAUCGAGCGUCGAAUAGUGAAUUGGCCGCUACUGACAGCAGUAGUGUCUGGUACCUUCCAUUAAGUAUCGUCAUCAACCCAAGAAAGCCUAGCAAAGUAAGACUUGUGUGGGACGCUGCGGCACAGGUCAAUGGCGUUUCCUUCAACUCGGCACUGCUUAAGGGACCGGAUUUGCUCAUUCCACUCGUUGCCGUUCUAAACCACUUUAGAGAGCAUAAGAUAGCUGUUAGUGGUGACAUCAAGGAGAUGUUUCUCCGCAUGCUGAUUCGUCCUAUCGAUCGUCAGGCACAGCGGCUUUUAUGGAGGGAAAACCGUAAUGAAAAACCCCAGGUUUAUAUAAUCGAUGUUGCUACGUUUGGGUCAACUUGUUCCCCGAGUUCGGCCCAGUUCGUGAAAAACUUGAAUGCCCAGGACUAUAUGCAGCAGUUCCCGAGGGCAGCAGCUGCGAUUGUGAAGUUCCAUUAUGUGGAUGAUUAUUUAGAUAGCUUUGCAACUGUGGAAGAGGCAAUCGAGACUGUCCAGAACGUGAAAUACAUCCACUCCAUGGGUGGAUUCGAAAUUCGAAAUUUUCUAUCAAAUUCAAAACAAGUGUUGGCGGCAAUCCAUGAAGAAUCGCAAGAAAAUGACAAGGACCUCAAUAUAACUCGAGCGGAAAAAGUGGAAUCGGUUUUGGGGAUGAAAUGGACCCCCAAUUCCGACGUUUUUUCGUACGCCCUAUCUCCGAAAGAAGAUAUUUCAAGGAUUUUCGAGCCGGCGUACGUACCAACAAAGCGAGACAUGCUUAAGGUAGUAAUGAGUUUAUUCGACCCUCUCGGACUCGUAACAUUUUUCCUCGUCCAUGGGAGGAUUCUAAUCCAGGAUGCGUGGGCGGCCGGCAUCGGUUGGGAUACUCUAAUAGACGGUCCACUAUAUCACGAAUGGCAGCUUUGGAUCAGCGGAUUUGAACUACUGAAUAGACUUCGAGUUCCACGCAGCUAUUUCCAGCAUACAGUUAACGGACCGGUGCAGCUUCACGUGUUCGUCGACGCUAGCACUGUAGCGUACGCUUGUGUGGCGUAUUUCACUGCAUGUGGCCCUGAUGGAAUGGAAGUUGCUUUGGUAGCUGCAAAGGGUAAGGUGGCGCCAAUUAAGGUGCUCUCUGUUCCCAGACUAGAACUGAAUGCCGCAGUGCUGGGAACUCGUCUGGCUGAAUCGGUAAUCAGUUCUCACACAUUCCAAGUCGAUCGUAAAACGUUUUGGACUGAUUCUAAAACGGUCCUUGCUUGGAUCAACUCUGAUCACAGGAGGUAUCAUCAAUUCGUUGCAGUCAGAAUUGGCGAAAUAUUAUCGUCAACCCGUAUGAACGAAUGGAGAUACGUACCCUCUUGCCAGAAUCCAGCUGAUUUCGCUACCAAGUGGGGCAAUGGCCCCAAAUUUGAUACAGACAACCUAUGGUUCCAAGGACCUGCUUUCCUUCACGGUGCUGAAGAUACGUGGCCAAAUCAUCGUUGUUUUUCAACCACUGUGGAGCUGAGCAAUGCACAGCGUGCACAGCACGUUCACUGGCAAGCAGCCCAGCCAGUAAUCGACGUAACCCGUUUCAGCAAGUGGGAAAGACUUCAACGAACACAAGCAUAUGUAUUACGUUUCAUCGACAACCUCAGGCGUCACCGUAAUGGGGAAACAUUAGUUCUGGACAUGUUAUCGCAGUGUGAACUCCGACGGGCGGAAACAGCGUUAUGGAAACAGGCGCAGGAAGAAGUUUUCGCGGAAGAACGACAUCUAUUACAGGAAACGCAGGGCAGUGCUGAAGCUCGACACAACGCUCUGCCGAAAACAAGCUGCAUUUAUAAGCUGUGGCCGUAUUUGGACGAAAAUGGCCUUCUGCGUAUGCGAGGGAGAAUCGGCGCUGCUUGGUACGCGCCAUACGAAGCUAAGUAUCCAGUUAUAUUACCAGCCAACCACCCUAUGUCUUCCCUCCUUGCAGACUGGUUCCACCUCCUAUACCACCACGCCCACUCCGAGACCAUCGUAAAUGAAAUGCGUCAGCGCUACGAAAUACCAAAACUGCGAGCGCUGAUUAAAAGGGUCGCUAAGAAUUGCUUCAUUUGCAAACUGGCUAAAUCACUUCCUUGUCCUCCACCGAUGGCGCCGCUUCCGAAGCAACGUUUGACUCCAUUCAUAAGAGCAUUAACGUAUGUCGGAGUGGAUUACUUCGGACCCCUGCUUGUAAAAGUGGGUAAAUCACAUGCGAAACGCUGGGUGGCUUUAUUCACUUGCUUGACGGUGAGAGCCAUACAUCUCGAAGUGGUUCAUAAUUUAUCGAGCGAGUCGUGUGUGAUGGCAGUCAGACGCUUUAUCGCCCGCCGUGGAGCGCCUACUGAAUUCUUCAGUGAUAACGGGACCUGUUUCAUUGGGGCCAACAAGCAGUUGCAGCAAGAAAUAGAGUAA